AUGAAUCCCGAAUACGACUACCUCUUCAAGCUUCUCCUGAUCGGUGACUCCGGUGUUGGAAAGUCUUGCUUGCUGUUGCGUUUCGCCGACGAUACCUACACCGAGUCCUACAUUUCCACAAUCGGUGUCGACUUUAAAAUCCGCACCAUCGAGCUCGACGGCAAGACUGUCAAGCUCCAGAUCUGGGAUACCGCCGGCCAGGAGCGCUUCAGGACCAUCACCUCGUCCUACUACCGUGGCGCCCACGGCAUCUGCGUCGUGUACGAUGUGACCGACAUGGACUCUUUCAACAACGUCAAGCAAUGGCUCCAGGAGAUUGACCGGUACGCCACAGAGGGUGUCAACAAGCUCUUGGUCGGCAACAAGAGCGAUAUGUCUGACAAGAAGGUGGUCGAGUACACAGUGGCAAAGGAGUUCGCCGACAGCCUGAACAUCCCCUUCCUCGAAACCUCAGCCAAGAACGCAAGCAACGUCGAGCAGGCUUUCUUGACCAUGGCCCGCCAAAUCAAGGAGCGCAUGGGCACAACGACCGCAAACAACACCAAGCCCAGCGUGCAGGUCGGCCAGGGCCAGGGCGUCGGCAACUCGAACAACAGCUCUUGCUGCUAG